GUGUGUGUGUGUGUGUGUGUGUGUGUGUGUGUGUGUGUGUGUGUGUGUGUGUGUGUGUGUGUGUGUGUGUGUGUGUGUGUGUGUGUGUGUGAACACAGCUCAUAACUUGACAGCAGUAUUUAUCAGUGUGAGCCAGCUGUCACACUCACUAUACUCUUCUAAAAAUCAGCCAGAAGAGGGAAAUUCGUCUCCAGAGAACGUCUAGAAACGAAGGUUGGUAACCAUGACAACGUACCUGCUCCUGUGUCUUCUCUUACUCGGAGGUCACAGGUCAUUGGCGUGCCCCCACCCUUGCUCCUGUCAGGGUGGCCGGGUGGACUGCAGCGGCAGGUCUCUCACUUCCGGCUCCCUGCCCUCCAGUUUCCCGACCGGAACCGCCGAGCUGCGUCUCCAUGACAACCUGCUCAGCACCCUCCCCAACGGGCUGCUGGACGACCUGACGUCCCUGCGCUCCGUCUCCCUUUACGGCAACCCCUGGAUAUGUGACUGCGGCAUCCUCUACCUGCGAGCCUGGCUGAGACGUCAGACCACCGACGUCGCGUCCUACCUGGCGGUGAACUGCAGUUCUCCUCCCAGCCUGAGGGGGCGCUCUGUGGCGUAUCUGACCGAGGAGGAGGUGCUGGAGUCCUGCCACUACUGGUACUGCAACCUGGCCCUGGCCUCUCUGGGCUCCCUGGUGGUGUUCGUGGCGGUGCAGGGGUCUCUGCUGGUGGCUCUCAUCGUUUUCCUGAAGCGGUUCGAAAGGCUGACGAAGGAGGCCAAGCGGACCACGGAAGAGAGCUUCACGGCCGGGGAUGGACUCAGAGAAAACGACUAUGAGCGUUUAAAGGACAGCAGCAUCUGAGAUGAAUAUGACCAUAAAUUGUAUUUUUAUCCAGUAGCUGUAAAACUGUCAAAACAAUCUGCAUUGAGUCUGUAUUUCAGCUCCUUUUUCGAGAAACAAUAUCAGUUAGUUUGUUUAUAACGGCUUUAUUAGGGUCAAGAAGAAAAACAGACAAAAAUAAAAAGUAACUUGAACAUUUCUGAGUUUCAAAACUCCAAAGAUGUUUGACUUUUUGAGAUUUCUGAGUUUUUUUCUAGAAAAUUGUUUCACUUUUAAAAUCAGAAUUAGCUUUUUUUGUGGAAUGUUUUGGUCUUAUCUAGCAAAUUUGAGACUUUUCCCACAAUUUUUAAAUAUAAAAUAUCUGAGAUUCUCAAAUGUUCUGUGUUUUUAUAGCACAACCAGAAUAUUUGCUGCAGGUUUGCUAUCAAACCCAGCAAAUUUUUUUAUGAAAAAAUGGUGGGUCUGAAAACAAACUGGGUUUGUUGGGUUUUCAAACUCAAAAAUGUAGAAACCCAGACUCAGACAUUUACAAGCUUCUUUCUAGAAGAAAUUCUGAGAUUAAUCUCAACAUUUGUGAUAUUUUCCUAGCAAAUUUUAAAUUUUUCAAAUGCAUAAAUUUUUACUUUUUUCUAGAAAAACAAAUUUUCAACCUUUAAACGCAGAAAUUUCCUUGUUUUUCUGAAAAAAUAUCUGAGAUUAUUUUCAAAAUUUCUUAUUUUUUU